CCCUCCCUCGAAGCUGCCGCGGUUGCUGUUGCUUGGGGGUGAGACUGCAGGGAAGGGAGAUCGAAGAGAACGGCGGGCAGCAUGACGAUGAUUUUCGGCUACUGGGAUAUUAGAGGGCUUGCCCAUAGCAUCCGCUUGCUACUAGAAUACACAGAGACCCCUUAUGAAGAUAAGUUUUACAGCUGUGGGGAAGCUCCUGACUAUGAUAAGAGUCAAUGGAUCAAUGAAAAGGAGAAGCUGGGACUGGAUUUCCCUAAUCUUCCUUACCUAAUUGAUGGGAAGACCAAGCUUACACAGAGUAAUGCCAUUCUUCGAUACAUUGCACGCAAGCACAAACUCUGUGGAGAAACUGAGGAGGAGAUUAUCAGAGUCGACAUGCUGGAGAAUCAGGUGAUGGAUUUCCGCAUGAGCCUUGUGAUGGUCUGCUACAAUCCUGAUUUUGAGAAACUAAAACCUGGGUACUUGGAGCAACUGCCUGGAAAGCUGAAACUGUUCUCCAAGUUCCUGGGGGACAGAAAGUGGUUUGCUGGGGACAAGAUCACCUUUGUUGACUUCCUUAUGUAUGAUGUUCUCAACCAAAACAGCAUGUUUGAACCCAAGUGCCUUGAUCAGUUCAAGAACCUUCAGAAUUUUCUCACCCGUUUUGAGUCGCUGGGAAAGAUUGCUGCCUACAUGAGCUCUAGCCGCUUUAUGAAGACUCCUGUUAAUAACAAGAUGGCCAAAUGGGGUAACAAGAAAGAGUAGAGGAAGAAGAAAAAGAUUCUUGUUGCUGUCUGAUGACAAGACUUAUUUUUUACCUUGACUGGAGUUGAUUUAAUAGACUAAAGGUAGCUUUCUGUAGAAUGGUUGUUGGAAGCUUUUUUGUAUUUUGAAAGCUGUAGUAUCUAAUAAAAGAAUUCUGGAAUUA